AUGUUAACUUUAGACUUUCGUGAAUGAUAGGUGUUAGUGCUGAUCAGAUCGAAACCGGGCAAUCGUCAGAGUCAUUCAGAGUCAAUUCGACUGUAGAAGUGGCAGAUACCACUGACGGUAAUAGUGAAUUAAAGCCCAUUCUAGCUUCUCAAGGCUGGAAGUACGACGCGUUUUUGUGUCAUGCCGGUGAAGACAAAAGGAAAUUCGUCGGUCCUCUAAACAAGGAGAUGAGAAAGAAACAUCAGAUUGUUUCAUUUUUUGAUGCUGAUUCCUUAUCAGAAGGACGCAUGGCACAGACAGACAUUGCCGAAGCCAUUAUACAGUCUCCUCUAUUUGUCGUUAUACUCAGCCAUAAAUUUAAAGGAAAACGUUAUCCUGCAGCAGAAGUAAAAGCAGCACUUGAAUUUAACAAAAAUGGACCUGACUCAUUUGAAUUUAAAUCACGUUACAAGAAGGUCAUACCAGUCUUUUACAAGCUUACAGCCGAUGAAUGCAGCGGCUGUGAUAUCGAGAUUUUAAACAUAUUAGCUGGAAUUACUGGCAUUGAGAAGAAGCAGAAUGAAGACGUUAGAAGUUUUGUGAAUUACGUUGCCCAGAAAAUUUUAAAACAUGUUAAAGCCCAAAAAGAUAAACCUGAAGUGGAGACCCUUCCGGAAAUGUCACCUGUUCAUACUCGGGUAAAAGAGAUCUUCGAUGAAUUUAAGAAAAGGACCUAGUAGGACAACAUAAAUGAUUGUAAUUAGGUGAGAAAAUAGCUGAUCGAUAGAGGAGUUUGACAUAUAGUCAAAGUCUAUGUUUUUACAUGUAACGUAUCAAGUGCUAUUUUACUAGAUUACAUGCAUGGAGUAGUUUGAUGUGCUGUUUGUACAAUGCGACAUACAUACAAGUAAAUUAGCGGUAA